AUGUACUGGGGAAAUCAUGUUAGAAUUCUUUUCACUGUGACUGUGGUCUGGCAGGCUGUUCAUUUAGGAAAAGGUCGUGAAAAAGAAGGUGAGGAUGUGCGAAAUCUCAACGCCACGGCACAACAGCAGCAGAUCAAGAACGAAGGGACUGUCAUAAAUGCUCUCAGUGACCUGAAUCAGAGUUACGAAAGCAGAAAGCAACAAAGUUCCAGGGCAUUGAUACCUUUCACCGGGAUUACAGAGAGUAAAAAACUGAACAGACACUGCUGCCAAAACGGAGGCACCUGUAUCCUGGGGGCUUUUUGUGCCUGCCUAAAGCAUUUCACUGGCAGAUACUGUGAACAUGAUGAGCGACAAAGCAACUGCGGCAGCAUCGCCCACGGCGCCUGGGUGCUGAAGGGCUGUUGGCUGUGCCGGUGCGGCUACGGAACUCUGAACUGUCUCUCAGAAAUAAUGCACGAUAAGUGUGAAAUGAAAUCAGGAAAGGAGGAAAUUACUAGACUAUAUUCUAAUGGCCUAAGAUUACAGCAAACAGUGUUUGUACUCGCUUGCCUGCUCACCGCCCUCCUGGAGUUCUGCAGCUAG